AUGGCGGAGCGAUCUGCAGCAAGCUUCAGCUUGUCGACCGAGGAGGCGUCGAUGGGAGGGGGGAGAGGAGCAGGAGGGGUGGUAGCCAUGAUGGGCGGCGGCGGGUGGAUCUGUGGCGGCCAAGGAGGAGACGACGGCGGGUGGACCCGCGGCGGUCAAGGGGGAGGCGACGGCAGGCGACGACGCGCAACCGCGGCGGCUGGUACAGGAGGCGGCGACGACGUGGUCGCGGCGGCGGGACGGGCAGGCGGCGACGAGAAGGUCACGGCGGUGGAAGGGCCAGGCGGCAACAGCAUGGUCGCGGCGGCUGGAAGGGCAGGCGGCGACGAAAAGGUCGCGGCGGCUGGGAGGGCAGGCGGCGACGGAAAGAUGUUGCACGUCCCACCUGGGCGGGUUACGCUAACCUAUGUCCAUUUUGGGCAGUUCGCCCCUCUGGGGUCGGAGACCACAGCAGCAGAGCUGCCUGGCGACUAG